GCUUACUCACUCGCGCACCUUCCUCACUCAGUGUCUCGCGUGCCCUAGCCUUCCUUUUCGCGAAACAGUCGCCUCCCCUCUUGUGCCCGAAGCUCGCCGGCCGGCGUUCGUUGCCAGCGAUCGCUCAACAGCCAGCGUUGGCCUCCUUGCCGGAGCUCCUAUCCGAGGGCUUUCACGCGAGCAGCUGGCCUCUCCCCCGCCUUCACCAGUUCGGCCCGGGGAACCGAUUCCGAGCUUUCUUGCAGCUUCCUCGCACCGGCCACGCUUCUCCGGCGCCUCCUCCUUUUGGCCCGAGGCAGUUGGCUCGAAGGUCCUCCCCGCCUGCAACACGGGGCGUCGGCGACCUCGCUUCCUCAUUCCCUUACGGCUGACGACCUUAGCCGCCGUAGACUUUGCUGGCUUUCGUUUCCUUUUGGCCGGAAACCUUGCUAGAACUGGCAGUCGGGGGCUGCGAGAGAUUUCUCCUCUUCUGUUAGGAGAGCUUCAUCUGCAACACGAGCGUGGGACAUCGAGCAAUCCCCCCGACGUGUAUUUGGAGAUGAUUCUUAAUGGAUGUUUGGCAACAUCUGGGCCUUUUGAGCCAAAAUGUCUCUCUUCACCUACAAAACAUUCAAGAUUUAAACAUUGGAGUGGAGCUUCUCAAACUUCUCAGGGCUUUCAUUUAAGAGGAUCACUUCUUAAAACCACCCACCUCUCAAAUUCAUCACCUGUUUCAACUGGAUGCCAUGGUGCAUUUCCGAGAACACUGCCCUCCAUUUUUCGCCGGAGCCGUCGAGGAAACUCGGUUUCCCUGAGAGCAUCGAAGGAUGUUCCGACUAGCUACCGCUACCCUGCGAUGACGAGGAAGCCCAGGUGGUGGUGGAGGACCCUAGCAUGCAUACCGUACCUCAUGCCUCUUCACGAGACAUGGAUGUACGCCGAAACCGCGUACCAUCUCCACCCAUUCUUGGAGGAUUUCGAGUUCCUGACCUACCCUUUCCUAAGGUUCAUAGGGAGCCUCCCGGGCUGGUUCCUCAUGGCUUACUUCUUCGUGGCGUAUCUCGGGGUCGUGAGAAGAAAGGAAUGGCCUCACUUCUUCAGGUUCCACGUCGUCAUGGGGAUGCUUCUCGAGAUCACCCUUCAGGUGAUCGGCACGGUGAGCCGGUGGAUGCCGCUCGCCCUCUACUGGGGCAAGAUCGGGAUGCAUUUCUGGACCGCUAUGGCCUUCGCGUACCUCUUCACCGUGCUCGAGUGUAUUCGUUGCGCCCUGGGAGGUAUGUAUGCUGAUGUCCCUUUUGCCAGUGAUGCAGCCUACAUUCAGAUCCCAUAUGAUUAAUGCUGCAUGCUUUUUGUUUAGGGUUUGUCUUGAGAUUUCUCCAAUACUUUGUCAUAGUUUUUGAUUUUUUUUGAGGGAUGUGUCCUGAAUCUGAAUGUUUCUGCUUUAUGUUAGAUGAAUUUGGUCAUGAAAAUGUUCCAAUUUAGACUAUAGCUUGUUAUGAAGGGGGACUUUGACUCAUAAAACCAUGAAUUCUUGUGUAUUUGUACA